AUGAAGCUCGUCAGGUUUUUGAUGAAGUGCCAGAAUGAGACGGUCACUAUCGAACUCAAGAAUGGCACAAUCGUCCACGGAACCAUCGCAUCAGUCUCUCCACAAAUGAACACAGCUCUGCGAACAGUCAAGAUGACUCCCAAAGGUCGCGACACCAUCAGCCUGGAUACCAUGAACAUUCGCGGCGCAACAAUCCGUUACUACAUCCUACCCGACUCGCUACCCCUCGAUACACUGUUGAUUGACGACGCUCCCAAGCCCAAGAACAAGGCUCGCAAGGAGGCCGCUGACAGAGGCGGUCGCGGAGGAAGAGGUGGCGGCAGAGGACGUGGCAUGGGCGGCGGUCGUGGUGGCCGUGGAAGAGGUCGUGGCAGAGGCUUCUGA